GUUUUUGCGGCUCGGCAUUGUCUCCAUCAACACGAUGGUUGAUUCUGUCCGGCUACUGCAGCAGGAGUAUUCCGGUCCCAUGACCUUCUUCCAAAUCCAGCCGCGCGGGAUCAACAACACGUUCCCAUUCUCUAUGAGAUGCUAUUGUGUCGUGCGACUCGUUCCAGACACUAGAGCCUAUUUGGUGGCCAUGGAUCAACUGCAGCGGUCCUAUAUGGAUGGCCAUGAGUUCAGUUGCUCGCCGGUUGAGCCCGAGGUCACGUUGACUUUUGAUGAACAGGGAUGCCUCACCAACCUUGAGGAGCUCUACACCAAAGUAUACAUUCCGCAGCUGGCGUACUCACCCCGGGAUGCCGACAAAGUGUAUCCAAGGGCAGCCCGGAGCGGCAGAUGCUAUCAGAUGACAUGCGCCUCUGAGGCCACGGCAUCUCCGACAUGGAGCGAUGCCUGCUUUAUGUUUGCGUUACCGGCGCCUGAAGUUGGACCAGACACAGGCUUCGCUAUCGAGCUCUAUCGCUGCGGCGUGGCCCAGUUUGAUGGCGGCCCCCAGCCCCAUCCAAAUCGCGAACUUGAUCGGCCGCUUAUCCAAGACAUGGUUUGCUACGCCACCAUCGGGCUGCAGAGCAGCGGCGCUCUCAAAGUCCCACAGGCAGGCGGCGGAGUCGAUCUGGACCAUGUCAAAGUCAAUUUCGUCGGUCGAUUUGCCUCGUUGGGCGAGCGAAACAGCGUCCCGACCCUUCGGCUCUCGCUUAUCCUUCCGGAUAUUCGCCUGGACACUUCGUCGGGUCCUGACCCAUCCAAGACCUCUCCCACCGUCACCCAGGUCCAGGAGCCCAGGACGGAUCGAAAAUCAAGUCUCAGCCAAGAAAACAAAGCCUCAGCAGGGCCAUCUGCACCGCAAAGGAACAAGAGCAAGGCUGGUCACAACCAUGACGACACACAAAACCAAAGAGUCAUCGACAGGUUGUUGCUGGAAAUCGAGUGUCGCUCCGAAGCCAUCCGAAGGGUUGGAGAAGAUCUGAUUCGAGUUCGCCAGCUCAAUGCGCAUCUGGAGGAAGCCAACCGAAACCUUCGAAUGGUUGUUGCGAGCCACGAGUCUAAAGCCGGGUACCUCAUCGAAGCGGUCGACAUUGAAACGCUCUCUCUGGAUGAGAUCCGGAGACGAUAUGCCGUCCUCGCUGGCAAGCUGCGGCAAGAAAAGCUUAUAAACCGCGGACUGACCGAGAGACUUGAAGAGGCACAAGCGGCAGCGAUCGAGAAAAAUGAGAUACAGAAAAAACUCUUGGAACUCCGGCAUGCCCAUACAACACAGCAAGUCUAUGUACAGAAGCUGCAGGACAGUGUUGCACGACAAACGCAGUACAAAAAGCUCGUCAAGUCGCAGGAAGAAGUCAUACAGAGAAUGGGGAUGCUGCUGAAGGAGUCGCUCAGUAUCCAAAAGAAAGCUGGACGAUUUUUUGAAAUCUGUACAGAUUGAUUCGUCCGAGUUCGAUUUGGGCCUCUACAGGCUACUUGCGGACGAGAACCAGGAGCUAAAGCGCAAGCUGCGCCAGUUUGAGCAGCGCGAGG